AUGAACUUUGUAAAGACGCAUAUUUACAAGCAAGAGUAUACCGAUAGAGGGGUUAGCGAAAGCAUAGACGAAGCGCGGAGGGAGGAAGAUAUCGCAGAGGCAGAGCGUUUAUCUAAACUUCCAGAAUUCAGAUUGAACCCAAACAUAACCAGCCUUGCUGAAAGACUUGGAAUUGAGCCCGCCUUUGAGGACGAAGAAGACGAUCUCAACCCUCUAAAUAUUCAAGACGCGCCGGCGGUCAGUUACGAGGAGGACGAGUUCUACGAAGAGUUGGAACGGCAGAGAAAGGAGGCAGAGCGUGAACGGGAAAAACAAGACGCUUACAUUCGCAACGAGUUCAUAAGGGCCAAGUCAGAGUUAGAGGAGGCCUGGAGGGAGACUGAUACGGGUAGUUACGGACUGGUCCCAACCAUAACCAAGAACCGGGUGAAGAGCAAUAUAAAUACGUCUGCAGUGUCUGCGAUCAUUCGGAAAAGGCAGCCGCGUGGUCUGGUCGAGGGAUACGACUCGUCCUAA